GGAGAGAAAGAGGGAGGGAGAAAGACAAGGGGAUGUUUUGUGUUUGACUCAACAUCACCAAGUACAUUUAUUUAUUUUUUGUUUGUUUGUUUUGGAGGAAUGGAUGGAGGAACCAAGCCCGUAGAGACCUGAAUUCAUUACUUGAGUCACAUUUACAGAUAUUUUUUUUCAUAAAUGUAUAAAUAUAUUGAGUAAAUCUGGAUCCAGAGAGUGGCAUGUUGCUCUGGAAGGGAAGUGAGACAGUGGGGCGAGAGUAAGAGGAGGAUGGCGUACACACAGUUGGAACCCAUCAAUGAGGGUCUUCUGUCCAGACUGUCUGAUUUGCUGUUGUGCCGCUGGUCAUGCCGCUCCUGUUGGCAGUGGUGUUGGGAGUGCAGCUGCUGUCAGUCUUCUGAAGAAGAGGUGGAGAUUUUGGGGCCUUUUCCAGCUCAGACUCCAUCAUGGCUUGUCAAUGACUACAAUGAUGAGAAAGGCACAAAUUCUCACCUCGUGGAUCAGGACGGCGCUUCUUCUCCCCAAUCCGAUCCCACUAUAAACUGCAGGCCACCCACCUCAGAAGCUGCCCGAUCCACCUUCAGCUUGGCAGGUCAGCUUGCAAGUCUGAAUGCCCGACGCCCAAGCUCCCCCAUGGUGGAUGUAAAGCCAAUUGAAUUUUGGGCCAUGGGACCCAGAAAGGAAGUAGUUCAGCCUCUGCGAAAGCCACCUACACCACCGGACGACUACUUUCGCAAGCUGGAGCCCCAUCUUUACUCUUUAGACUCAUGCAGUGAUGAUGUGGACUCUCUAACAGAUGAAGAGAUCCUGAUGCGGUACCAGCUGGGCAUGCUGCACUUCAGCACACAAUACGACCUCAUCAAUGCCCACCUCAUCGUGCGAGUCAUUGAGGCCAGGGACCUUCCUCCUCCUGUAACAUGCGACGGUGCCCGCCAAGACAUGGCCCACUCGAACCCCUACGUGAAGAUGAGCUUGCUGCCCGACAACAAGAACUCAAGGCAGACGGGAGUUAAGCGAAAAACCCAGAACCCAGUGUUUGAAGAGCGUUUCACUUUUGAUCUCCCCUUCCUGGAGGCCCAAAGACGCACACUACUGCUCUCUGUGGUCGACUUUGACAAGUUUUCACGCCACUGUGUCAUCGGAAAAGUGGCUCUUCCUCUUAGUGAGGUUGAUCUGGUGAAGGGAGGACAUUGGUGGAAGGCCCUGGUGCCCAGCUCUCAGAAUGAGGUUGAGCUUGGUGAGCUGCUGCUGUCCUUAAACUAUCUGCCCAGUGCUGGCAGGUUAAAUGUGGACAUCAUCCGAGCAAAGCAGCUGCUGCAGACAGACAUGUGCCAAGGCUCAGAUCCAUUUGUGAAGGUGCAGUUGGUGACGGGUCUGAAGCUGAUGAAGUCUAAGAAGACAUCCUGUAUGAGAGGCACUAUUGACCCCUGCUACAAUGAGUCCUUUAGCUUCCGUGUACCACAAGAGGACCUGUGUGAAGUCAGUCUUGUGUUAACAGUUUACGGGCACAACGUGAAGAGUAGCAACGAUUUUGUUGGCCGUAUUGUGAUUGGCCAGUUCUCCAGCGGGCCUCAGGAAACCACACACUGGCGUAGACUGCUGAGCUCCCAGCGAACCCCAGUGGAACAGUGGCACAGCCUGCGCUCCCGAGCUGAGUGUGACCGCGUCUCUCCUGCAUCUCUUGAGGUCACAUAAUAUAAUACUGACAUGGGACAGCCACUGAAGGUGGGAUAGAGGAACUUAAAACACAAAUAUCUGGGAGCGUUUGAAGGUUUCUGUGUUAUUUUUAAUGGUUUUGAAUCAUAUAGUGAUAGAUCUGUUCUUUACAGAAUGGUGGGCUCUGUCUCAGUAGGGCUUUUCACACUCAAAACCGUUAACCCUGGGUCAUUCUAAACCCUGGAUGAACUGAAUACUGUGUUAUCUUGCUUUGCAUUUCACAAUGCUUACAAUUAAUAGUGAGAAUUCAUAAGCUGACUUCUCAUAUUGUUCAUUCUUGUUGGUUGUUAAACAUGUAGUAAUAAUUUUUCCCCAACAUAUUAUUUUUCAAUACAGAUAUUCACCAUUGCAGUGUGGGUUUAAAAACAGCUCACAUAGAAUGUGUGUCCACAGUUUCACACUUUUCACUUAAACACAAAAUUUUUUAACUGUAUAAUGUGCAAACACAAAAAUCUAAUCUCUAAAAAUAUGUAUAUAUCGAAGACUCAGCGAUGCAUCUGCCAUCUUGAAAUGAUCAACAACGUCAUCAAUGCCAUCCUUCACAAUAAUGGCUCUGUUUUAAUAAUAAUUGAGCAGGUACACUUAGGGAAUGCCUGAAUCCACUUUUGCUAUUUUAAGAACAGGUAAAACAGUCGGCGUACCCAGCACAUGAUCCUAAAGUGGUGUUGUUCUUAAUGUGAUUAAGAGAAUUAAGAUAAGUAAUUAAAUCAGUCAAAGAGUCUCAUCUCCCAUUCCCUUUAAGAGCGAGUUAAUAUCAUGCCAUAACAUAUUUGCUAAUAACAAACAGACUUUGUAAACGGAAAAACUGAACUCUUCACAAGUGAGAGCCGCCUGAGGUGAAGACGAGGCAAUGCAUAGCUGUUUUUAUAUGUAGACAAUAAUGAUAUUUGUUUACGUUUUAAUCCUUUGGUGUUUUUUAUAUUUAAAGUUAUUUGUGUGCUGUUGCACAUCCCUGAGUGUGUAAUAAGCAAUAUGUAGAUGCGUUUUGGACCUGCCUAUCACUACUUAACUCCUUAAAUAACAGAAAAAGACACCAUUUACUUUAGACCAACUUGUAGUUGGUCUUUUUCAAUUGCCCCGAAGUAGCAAUGCACCAAAAACAACUCAACCAAUGGGUGCAUAAAUGUGUGCAAACACCUUUGCUAUUUAAACAUUGUGGUGCAGGAUGUGAAAAAUAUAUUGUUUGUAGUUUGGGAAAUAUGUAUUAGAACAAAUUAGCUCUUUCAAUCAAAAAUAUAGUGGUGCAUAAAUGUAAUUAAACAAGAAAUCAACAAGAAAAGUAAUCUUUGUACCAGGAUUAAUAAAAUACUUUUCAUACAUAGAAAAUAUUGUUUGGAGCAAGCUUUUUAGUUUUUAUUGGUUUAAGUUAUAUAACCAUUUAUAAAAAAAAAUUUUAAGUGUAUAUUGUUACUGAACUGGUUUAACUUACGAGAGUGAAACACUUCUUUAUCCAGGGUUUAGAACAAUGUUAGCUCAGGGUUAAGCGCAGUGUGAAAAAGCCCUAGUGUAAUUUGUGUUUGUUCUCUUUUACCAUUACUGUAAUGGGGAGAUCAUAGAAAAUCAGAGGUUCCGCAUUUGAGCAGAAGCCUGCUGUCCAUGUUUUCUUUUUAUCACAUUGAUACUAUCUUACAUUGGAGCUCAGAAAUCUCAUCACCAUCUGAUCGUCAGCCAGAUUCAGGCUGCUCAGGUGUCCAGAGUCUGGUCUGCAGUGUUUUAAUAAUCAUAUUGUUUCUUUUUUCAGACUUCAAUAUGAUUGCAGGUAUUUAGAAAUCUAGCAACACAGUUGGUUAUUUUGAAUGUCUAAAGUCAAACUUCACACCAAAGCUUGUGUUUUGUGACCUGUAUUACUGUUCUCCGUGCAUAUUUUGACCUAUGAUUGUGUUUAAGUGUCCGUGAGUGUAUGUUUGGUAAUUGUUUGCUCUUAUGGCAGCUGAGGCCGACAGAAAGCCUAAAAGGCCAGGUAUGUUUAAUUGUUCAUAAGUUUGACUCAAUUUUUUGGUGAUAUGAAAGUACCAAAGGUUUUUUUUUUUUUUUAUUUGGUGAUCUUGACUAGAUCACGUUAUUUCUUGUUUCAUAGCUUUUGAAAUAAGUAUACUUCUGUUCAAAAGUUGGGGAAGGUGGAGGGUGUCCAAAAUUAUCAUUAUUAAAAUAAAUGUAUAUGUUUAUUUGUCAUGGAUACAUUAAUUAUUUAAAAUACAUGUAUUUUUAACUAAAUAACUUUUGUUAUUUUGAAGUUUCUAUUAUUCAAAGCUUCUUGUAAAAUACAUCAAACCACCCACAAAACAUAUUAAGCAUCAAAUACUUUUUUUUUCAGCAGAAAGGAAUCAAAUUAGACAUUUUUUUGAAGAAUCAUGUGAUACUAAAGAUCUUAGUAAAGAUGCUAUAA